GGGUGGGGGGCUACGCCAGAGCGCGUGGGGGCGAAGGGCGUCUCUAACCGCGUCCCGGGUCGCCGGAGCCGAGACGCUGGAGCCGCGGCCGGCCCCCUUUCCGAGUUUGAGCGGCAGGGAGGCAACCGGGUAGGAGAGGGCGGACGCUGGCGGUCUGAGCCGGCGCGGCCCGGCCCUUCCGGGGCUGCGCCGCUCCCCCGCCUCGGAGCCGGCAAAAAUGUGCCUAGUCACGGGGCCGCUCUCGGGGGAACUGAGGUCUCCGGGCUGGGACCUGGAACCCCUCGUCUGCCGCUGCCCCUCUGCCCAAGACCUCCGAGGGCGCGAUCCGCGGCGCUGUUACCCUGCUGAGGGUUCUCCUAGGCAGAGUGAUCAAUCAGUCCAGCCUUGCGAUCGCCCUUAGGUCACUUGGCGAAAAUGCCCAGCUCCCAGGGUGGGGGCAGGCGGAGGUCACCAAGCGCCCAGCGUAUUCGGUUUCCCCGACGUACCGCGAUCGAACCCUGCCCUGAGCGCUGCCUCGCCCGGAGGGAAAGGACAUGGAUUUGAUUGACAUACUUUGGAGGCAAGAUAUAGAUCUCGGGGUAAGUCGAGAGGUAUUUGACUUCAGUCAACGACAGAAGGAGCAUGAGCUGGAAAAACAGAAAAAACUUGAAAAGGAAAGACAAGAACAACUCCAAAAGGAGCAAGAGAAAGCCUUUUUUGCUCAGUUACAACUAGAUGAAGAGACCGGCGAAUUCCUCCCCAUUCAGCCAGCACAACACAUACCAUCAGAAACCAGUGGGUCUGCCAACUACUCCCAGGUAGCCCCCAUUCCCAAAGCAGAUGAUUUGUACUUCGAUGACUGCAUGCAGCUUUUGGCAGAGACAUUCCCGUUUGUAGAUGACAAUGAGGUUUCUUCGGCUACGUUUCAAUCACUUGUUCCUGAUGUUCCCAGCCACAUCGAGAGCCCCGUCUUCAGUGCUCCUCCUCAGGCCCAGUCACCUGAAACUCUGAUAGUUCAGGUAGCCACUGCUGUUUUGGACGAUAUGCAGGCCAUUGAGCAAGUUUGGGAGGAACUAUUAUCCAUUCCAGAAUUACAGUGUCUUAAUAUUCAAAAUGACAAGCUGGCUGAGACUAGUACAGUUUCAAGUCCAGAAACCAAAGUGACAGAAAUUGACAAUUAUCAUUUCUAUUCAUCAAUGCCCUCACUGGAUAAAGAAGUAGGUAACUGCAGCCCACCUUUUCUCAACGCUUUUGAGGAUUCCUUCAGCAGCAUCCUCUCCACUGAAGACUCCAGCCAGUUGACAGUGAACUCAUUAAAUUCAAGUGCCACAGUAAAUACAGAUUUUGGUGAUGAAUUUUAUUCUGCUUUUGUAGCAGAGCCCAGUACCAGCAACAGCAUGCCCUCCUCUGCUACUUUAAGCCAGUCACUCUCUGAACUUCUAGACGGGCCCAUUGAUCUCUCUGAUCUGUCACUUUGUAAAGCCUUCAAUCAAAACCACCCUGAAAGCACAACAGCAGAAUUCAAUGAUUCUGACUCUGGCAUUUCACUGAACACAACAAGUCCAAGCAUGGCAUCACCAGACCACUCAGUGGAAUCUUCUAUCUAUGGAGACACAUUGCUUGGCUUCAGUGAUUCUGAAAUGGAAGAGAUAGAUAGUACCCCUGGAAACAUCAAACAGAAGGGUCCCAAAACACAGUCAGCGUGGCCUUCUGGGGACCCAGUCCAACCUUUGUCAUCAUCACAGGGGAACAGCGCUGCAGCACGUGAUUCCCAGUGUGAAAAUGCACCAAAGAAAGAAGUGCCUGUAAGUCCUGGUCAUCGAAAAACCCCAUUCACUAAAGACAAACAUUCAAACCGCUUGGAGGCUCACCUCACAAGAGAUGAACUACGGGCAAAAGCUCUCCAUAUCCCAUUCCCUGUAGAAAAGAUCAUUAACCUCCCAGUUGAGGACUUCAAUGAAAUGAUGUCCAAGGAGCAAUUCAACGAGGCUCAACUUGCAUUAAUUAGAGACAUACGUAGGAGGGGUAAGAAUAAAGUGGCUGCUCAGAAUUGCAGAAAAAGAAAACUGGAAAAUAUAGUGGAACUGGAGCAAGAUUUAGAUCAUUUAAAAGAUGAAAAAGAAAAAUUGCUCAAAGAAAGAGGAGAAAAUGACAAAAGCCUCCAUCUACUGAAAAAACAACUCAGCACCUUGUAUCUUGAAGUCUUCAGCAUGCUACGUGAUGAAAAUGGAAAGCCUUACUCUCCAAGUGAAUACUCCUUGCAGCAAACAAGCGAUGGCAAUGUAUUCCUUGUUCCCAAAAGUAAGAGGCCAGAUAUUAAGAAAAACUAGAUUUUGACCUUUUCUGAUCUAGUGAUUUUGGGUUUUUUUGUACUGUUAUACUAAAAAAGCUCCUACUGUGAUGUGAAAUGCAGAAAUAUACUUUAUAAGUAAUUCUAUGCAAAAUUAUACUCAACUAAUGUAGAAAAUAUAAAACUUUAAAAAGCAUUAAAAUAAGUUAUCAGUAUGCUGAAUCAGUAGUUUCACUUUAACUUUGUAAACUUAAAAUUUCUUAGAACACCAUUUGGGCUAGUUUCUAUAUACUGUAAAUACUACAAAAACUCCUUAUUUAUACUGUUCUUAUCUCAUUUGUUAUGUUCAUAGAUUUAUAUGAUACAUCUGGCUAAAAAGCAAAUUGUUGCAAAACUAACCACUAUGUACUUUUUUUAAUAAAUACCGUAUGAACAAAAAAAAAAAUGGCAUUUUUUUAUAUUAAAUUGUUUAGCUCUGGCAAAAGACAAUUUAGUUGAAAAGCUGGUACUAAUAAAGGACUAUCAGGACUGUUCUAGUA